AUGUCUUCGCCAGGAGAUACACAGGUUCAACCUGAUCAAAAGGAACAACCCCACCAUGUCGAAGCCGUUGAGCGUGCCGACUCGCCGAUCCAGGAGAAGAUGGUGCAAGGUCUCGGCCACGACUCGGCGGGUAUGGCCGUCAUCGAGCAGAUCAACAUCAUCCCCCAAACUGGAGAACGCAUGCCGACCACCAGGUGGGAGUACAUUUCCUUCUUGAUGAUGUACUUCCAGAACAACGGCACACCCAUCGGUUCUCAAGGCGGAAACCUCCGAAUGAAGCUCAUCGACAUGCAAUUCCCGGACUCCAUCAUCCCCUGGGGUGGCCAGCACAUGCCCAUGAACUCGUUCCUCCUCGACCAGAAUGGUAUUCAGUUUGCGGUCAACCUCGUGUUCCUUCUUCUCGUUGGUCCAUACGCCGAUUAUGGUCGCUGGCGUCCGUGGAUCAUGAUCUCCGGUACGGUGAUUGUCACGGCAUGCACGUUUGGCAUGAUUGGCACGUACAAGCCUUCCCAGUGGCAGGCUGCAAACGCCCUGUGGAUGCUUGGAAACCUUGGCUACAGCAUUGCGACUACGUUUUACCAGGCCACGUUCCCGUCCAUUGCGCGCAACCUCCCCCAGGUGCUAAAGUCGGAGCAGGACGUGAAGAUGGGCCUCAAAACACCCGAAGAGCACGACAUUGUCGACCAGUACGAACGUUCCAAGCUGUACAACCUGUGCAACAUCACUGGGUCCGUGCUCGUCGUCAUUUUCUACGGUAUCGCGAUUGGUAUCAGCUACGCCAUCACUCACAACAGCACCGAGGAUGGGCCUGUCAUCAAAACGUUCCGGGUCCUCCUCGGCUACUUUGGAGUGCUGGUCCUAAUCUGUGUCGUCCCCUUCUUCUGCCUCCACAAGUUCCGCCCAGGGCAACAGCUGCCCGAGGGCACGCACAUCUGGGCCGUGGGCCCCAAGCAGGCAUGGCAGGCGCUCAAGAGCAUUCGCCAGCUCAAGCACGCCGUCCUGUACCUCAUCGCCUACACGCUUCUCCAGGAAGCCACGGGGACACAGUGGAACAUGACCAGUAUCCUCCAGUCGGAGCACAUCCACUUCAACCCUGUGGCCAACUCGGCCUUUGGCCUCUUGGCGGACCUUGCCGGCGGCAGCGGCACCUUCUUCAUGCUCUGGUUCCAGAAGCGCUUCAAGGUGUCUGUCAAGACGCUGACCUGUUAUGGCGGCAUAAUGGCCCUCGUUCCGAUCGUGUGGGGAGCCAUCGGCACCUGGACGAACAAGAUUGGCUUCCACAACACUUGGGAGUUUUGGGUGUUGCAGUUCUGGAACUUUCAAACGGCGGCGUGGGGCAGCUAUUCGAUCACCAUGAUCUCCGAGGUGAUCCCCGCCCCCAAGGCAUACAUGUUCUUUGCCUUGUUCAACACCAUUUCGCGUACAUCUGGGUUCACUGGGCCGUUCAUCUGCUCGGCCAUCAUCAAGCAAGCCAACGGCAACACCAACGUGGCGUACUGGUUCCUCGUCGGCCUGGGCGUGCUCGGUGUGGCCGUCCUGUUCAUGGUCGACCCCGUGCAAGCCAAGAUUGACAAUGCGGGAUACCUUCAGCGCGAGGCCGAGGAGCUCUACUCUGCUCACCAGCGGGCGCAGCAGCACGAGAUUGUCGAGCACCAGGACAUGGAAGCUGCCACGGGCGUGGUUUCCUCUUGA